AUCAAAAACAAACCAAUGCAAAGCGAGAGAACGCAGGAUACGAAUCAAAACUGCCGACUCCUUUCAGCAGUCUCACAUACGCUCCGAUACAUACCUACGGAGAGAGAGCCACACACACACACAUAUAGAGAGAGAGAGGGAGAGAGAGAGUGUGUGUGUUAUAUGUCUGCUAUCAGUGUCUUUGUACAUUGGUUUUAGAGGGUGAAAGAGUGAGUUAACAGUAGGGAAAGAGAGAGAUGCAGAAGAAGAGGUGGAGGACAUUGGCGGUUGUGAGGACGGUGCUAACGUGCGCCAUAUCCUCAAUAGCGCUGUUUGCUCUGCUUUCAGUUCACGUACACGAAUUUCCUUCAUCUGAAAUCACCAAGUUGCCAGAGCCUUACAAGCUCCCGACGCAACAUGAAAUUGGAUACCAAAACUUGAACACAGAGCAAUGGUGGACACAAGAAUUUACCCCGCCCCAUUUGUUGAAAGCUCCUCUCCCACCUCGCAAGUUGGAAGCUUCAUAUGGGAGUUCAGAUUUGGACAAGUUGUGGAAGGCGCCGCCAAAGAGAGACUAUGCUCCUUGUGUCGAGCCUAGUUCAUCCUACACAUUUCCAGGAGAGUCUCGAGGUUACUUGCUUGUUCAUACAAAUGGUGGGCUCAAUCAGAUGCGGGCUGGGAUAUGUGACAUGGUUGCUGUUGCUCGUAUUAUAAACGCUACUCUGGUGAUUCCAGAACUUGAUAAACGCUCGUUUUGGCAGGACACUAGCAAUUUCUCUGAUGUCUUUGAUGAAGAUCAUUUUAUUAAUUCAUUGGCUAAUGACAUAAAUGUUGUUAAAAAACUUCCAAAAGAACUGGCAACUGCAUCGAGAGCAGUUAAGCACUUUAGAAGUUGGUCUGGUAUAGAUUACUAUCAGGAAGAGAUAGCAAGCAUGUGGGAAGAAUAUCAGGUUAUUCGGGCAGCUAAGUCUGAUUCUCGACUUGCAAAUAAUAAUCUGCCUCCAGAUAUUCAGAAGUUGCGCUGCCGUGCGUGCUAUGAAGCCCUCCAAUUUGCACCUCGAAUUGAAUCGAUGGGAAAACUUCUGGUGGAUCGAAUGAGGUCCUAUGGUCCCUAUAUUACUUUGCAUUUACGCUAUGAAAAAGACAUGCUUGCCUUUAGUGGAUGCACACAUGAUUUAUCCCCAGAAGAAGCUGAUGAACUAAGGAUAAUCAGAGAAAACACUUCUUAUUGGAAAGUGAAAGACAUUGAUCCCGUGGAACAGAGAGCCAAAGGUUUAUGCCCAUUAACUCCAAAAGAGGUUGGAAUGUUCCUUAAUGCUCUUGGAUUCCCAUCAAAGACCCCCAUAUAUAUUGCUGCUGGAGAAAUUUAUGGGGGUGAUGCUCGUAUGGAUGAUCUACAAUCCCGCUUUCCCUUAUUAAUGAACAAGUCUGGCUUACCUGGGGUGAGAUUUGGCACUCUAGGACAGGCUGCUUGGUUUAACUACAACGAUUAG